AUGGGGAAAAAUCCCAAACAAGCAGGAACACUGAAAUGUACUUCUAAAGAUCCAUUACAGGAUGUCUGGCUCGGGGGAACGCCUAACCAAACCUCACUAGCAAAAUGUUUCAUGAAUAAGGUGAAGAUUAAUGAUCUAGAAAAGGUUUUGGAGCCAUUGCUCUACAAUUGGAGGUGCAAACGCCAACAGGGAAAAUUUUUUGGUGAUUUCACAACCCGCCUGGGCUUUGACAAACUAAAAGAGACAGUUGAGAAGUGGGGGGGCUUAGCAAAGGCACCGACACGAUUUAAUCUAAAGCUUUUUGCUGACAAAGACACAUAUGAAGCCAUGGAUGAACUUGCAAAGCUGCAGAACAAGACUGCUCACCAAUUGGCCAUGGAAGUCAUCCGUAACUUUGUUGUCGCCCAGCAAAAUGGCAAAAGUGAAUGA